CAAAGAAACCGACACAGCCUCUUCACCGUUUCUGCUGGAUUGCUUCUCCAUCGAACACCAUUUUCGGCUGGAUUGCUUCUCCAUCAAACACCAACUCGCUAAUAGGAAAUGGCCUGAAUUAGUCUCACAACACGCAAAUGUAGGAUUCUGCGAUUGUUUUUGGAAGAAGCUAUGAGCGCUAUUACUUGAAUUUUCAUUACAGUUUGUUGCUUAGUAGCCAAACAUAUAAGGGAUAGACCCCGUAUUCAAUAUUCGUGUUCGAAUAUGGAUUGAUCUUCAAUAUUGCAUAGGUAUGCCUAACAUAGUGACACCAUGUGCAUAUCACAACUUAGGAUGGAUAGAAGGUGUUUCAAGAAGUUAUGGAUCAAAUAAUCAAAUGUAAACGAAUUUGGACGACAAUCAUAAACGACACCCAUCUGAUGGUAUAAUCUAAGGGCGUCGUUGAGAUGAAGCGAGAGCACGUACCCAUGGGCCACAAGUCAAUGUCAAAAUGUUGUAUAUACAGUUUCUGUAUCUGCCCUAAAUUGCCUGGUGCUUGACUGACAUCUGAUUCUUAUCUUCAACUCCAAGGAUGAUCGCAUUCUGCAAAACCCUCAAAGCCAAUUCUUGAUCAAUUCAGCCUUGUUGGAUGCAAUGAAGGAACGAUCAUCACCAGACGAAUCACAAAUUCUCGAUACCAUCUACAGUAAUUGUUCUUCAGAUUUAGUCUGCCCUUUGGCGAAAAUUGCUAUGUAGAUUUUGGAUACAAUGAGUAUGGCAUCCAAAUCCAUACGAUAUUUGAAGCGAAUCCGCUUUGAUCUCAAAGUUCCCCAAAACCCUAAACGUUCAAGUGAGUUUAGUAGCAGAUACAUGCUAGUUUCCCUCUUUUCAUCAAAAUCUUACAGGAAAAGAGUCAACAAAAGAAAUUUAGCUGCUUUCAAGCCGACCCUAGAUGAAUUCAAAUUUCACCGAGCUGUUUCACAGCUUCUGCCUCGGUUUAAACCUGAAGAGCUCGAUAAUUUGAUCAAUGUACAAGAAGAUCCAUUGGUGUGUUUAGAGUUGUUCAAUUGGGCUUCUAAACAACCUAGGUUUACACAUGAUGUAUCCACAUAUCAUGUCACCAUUAAGAAGCUCGGUGCUGCAAAAAUGUACGAUGAAAUGGAUCAUGUUGUCAACGAGGUAUUAUCGAUUCCAUCUUUUGGUUCCGAAGUUCUUUACAAUACGAUGAUAUACUUCUUCACAGAGGCAAGGAAGUUGAGUAGAGCUGUUAAUGUGUAUAAACACAUGAGAAGCAUUGGGAAAUUGGAUUGUAGACCUUCGAUUCGAACGUAUAAUCUUCUGUUUGCUGCGUUUUUGAGCAAGAGAAGCAAUACUUACAUAAACCAUAUGUAUAUGGAUACUAUGAGCAUGCUGUUCAAGCAGAUGGUUGAUGAUGGGAUUGAUCCCGACAUUUUCGCUUUGAAUUCAAUGAUCAAAGGGUACGUGCUCUCGCUUCAUCUCAACGACGCCCUCAGAUUAUACCAUCAGAUGGGUGUCGUUUAUGAUUGUCGUCCAAAUUCGUUUACAUUUGAUUAUUUGAUCCAUGGGUUAUGUUCGCAAGGAAGAACAUGUAAUGCUAGGAAGAUUUGUGAUGAAAUGAAGGCAAAAGGUUUUGUCCCAAGCAGUAAAUCAUAUAACUCGCUUGUGAGCUCACUUGCACUUGAGGGGGCACUCGACCAAGCUGUGAGUUACUUGCGGGAGUUGACGGAAAACGAACGGUCAGCCGAUUAUAUAACCUACUGGACAUUGCUUGAUGAAUCUUGCAGACAGCAGAGGCACGGAGAUGCCAUAAGUUUGCUUACCGAGUGGGAAGAGAAAAGGUUUGUGGAUAGAGAUACUUGCAGAAAGCUUCAGUAUGAACUUGAGAUGAAUUAUGGAAAUUUGUAUGAUCAAAUUGGGCCACCAAGGUAUGUUCUAUAAAUGGUUCCAAAAUAUCAGAAAAGGGGAUUGAUUGGUUGUAAGUUGUAACUGUUAUGUUUUUCUGUUGAGUCACAAGGAUUAUAUAUUCCGA